AUGUCAACAGGAAGAACCAUGAUCCUGGCCGUGGCCGGUGCCGGCGCACUCGGCACCGCGCUCUACGCCAUGCAGGACUCGACGACAGCACGCAACCAAUCCCCGAACAAGACGCGCGACAAGAAGAACAUGGGGCUCGAAGGCGCGGGCAUCGCCGGCACGGGAGCGGGCGGAGGCAACGAAAGGGCCAUUGACCCGAGUCGGGACAAAAAGGUCCAGACGACGGCGCCGCGGGAGAAGCUACCGUCGGGCGGUGUAGGAGGUGGUCCCAGGGCGGGCGGCAUGGGUGCGCGAACGGUCGAUGUGUCCAAGACGGGACCGCCGUGGUAG